AUGACAUGCGUGAUAGCAAACUGUUGUUCUCCUGAGAGAAGUGAAUGCACACCAACAAUUGAACAGCCAUCCGAGUUCAAUCAAAGGUGUCAGCCUGAUACAACAGCAACUGAUCUAAGUAGAGACAAGUUGCCUUGGACACCUUGGUGCUCCAGGGAGGACUUCAAACUUUCUGAGUUUGCAAUUGAGGUAGCAUUAACAUGUGAUCAAACAGAUUGGGUGGUCAAGCUUAUCCACCAGUGUGUUGCUAAUCUAGGGGCCUUCAUGUUAAAUGGACAUGAUGAGAUGCAAGGGACAUUUGAAGUGGCAUCUCAGAUAUUAACACCAUUCAAAAAACAUGACCUCCUGGUCAGAUUUGAAGAGCAAAAUCAGACUUACAACUUUGAGGUCUCAGGCUGUUCAUUAUUGGACUGGGUCCUUGAUCUCUUGUCAAACCCACAGCUACAACCCCAUUUUAUUUUUGAUCUACAGCAAGUAUCAAAGUAUGAUGGCAAGAAUUUUGUACAGCUUAUUGAUGAUCCAUGGACUGCCAAUGACUUCUGA